GUUUUAACCACUCCAAAUCAUCUUAAUGAGUUAGUAUUAACCAGUUGGAUCAUACUUACAAAAACUCUCAGCCAUAUCUAAUAUGUUUAACUCUUUCGUUUCUAAUGUGCACCAGCACAUUGAGGGCGAGAUCAUGAGUGUCUUCACCAUGUCUGAUAAGACAAUCAAAGAGCUCAUCUUCGCCACUCAUGUCCAUUCUGAUCAAAAAUCCUUCGAUGAAGAUUCUCUUUUCUUGAUCGUCGAGAACGUUGUUAUGCGUUCUUCCCAAAUUAUUGACGAAAUUAUACAGGGAGUUGCAUUUCAUGUCGACAAUAUUGAAGAGUUCACCGAAGCUAAACUCAGUGUUCCCUUGUGCACGCUCAAGGCCAUUAACAGCGAGCUUUCAUUUAAAGCUCCGAAUGAGGAAACUGCACACAAAACAACAAUGGCGAUUCUCAACAAGUUGACAAACUAUUCGUGGGAAGCAAAAGCUGUUUUGGCACUUGCGGCUUUCGCCUUUGAGUUUGGGGACUUCUGGCUCAUGGCUCAGCUUUACCAUUCGGACCCUUUGGCCAAAGAUUUGGCUGUCCUGAAUCGAGUACCUGCCCUUAUGAAGACUAUUUCCGAGCUCCAAAAACGCCGGCAAGCGGUUUUUGAGCUCAGCAGCCUCAUCAUGGUCACCAUGCGAGUCAUUGCAAUCUUCGACGAGUUUGAGAGGCUCUCUGCUUGUUAUGAUUUUAAAAGCAAUCCUGGACUAUCCACUGCCUUGGACCAUAUGCCAGUCGACGUCUAUUGGGCUAUUCUAACAAUUGCAGCUUGUGCUACUAAGCUCAGUAUUCUCAUCAGUGAUGAGCCGGAUCGAGAUCAUGAUUUGUCCCCUUAUGCUCAAAAAAUCAGCUACAUUCUCAACCGCCUCACUAUGCAGCUGAAUGUUAUCAGAAGACAACUGGGUAAACGGGUGCUUCUUUAGUCACUCACAAGUGGCAACCUUUUUUUGUUUUUACGCAUAUGCAUCUGAGGCCUAGUCUUACAAGAGACCUAGUAAGCGCUUCUAUGCUCGAACUCACAUCAAUGUAGUACGAUCUAUAACUAUUUUUAUGUUUUAUGAGCUAUAUAUAUGAAUUUCCUCUGGAAUAAACUUUUGUGGUUUGAAUAUUAAUGUGAACUGAACUUUGAAUGU